GCAUCGCGCAGAGGGGCGCAGAGGGCGGAGACGCGGGAAAUCGGGGUCGCGAUCGAGGCGGCCGUUCUCGAUUGUUGAGGCUUGUCGACGCGCUCGACGAGCGAUUCUUUCCUCGUGUUUCUCCACGAAUUCCCGUCAGGACGUGGAUGUUAUAAUUUAGAUUCGCAACCUGUUAUUAUGUACUCCUUAGAGUCACUUCCCCGUUCACGUAUAUACUCUCACUAACACACUAUCAUUUGUCUCAUUCCAAAGUUACAAUGCGCGAGAGAGGGUAGCUCGCGCGCGAUGAAAACGUGAAAAACACAUUUUGCAUGCGCAUGUGCAAGCUUGAACACAGCAAAAAGUUGGAUCUCAAUGAGAUGUCUACAGCACCACGAAAGGACUUCUGUAUCGAGCAUCUAUUGUGUGUGUGUGUGUGUGUGUGUGUCCUAUUCUUCCCCCCUUAUAUACCUGCUCUUCAAAAUACGUAACACGCAUCAAAAAAUAAAAUUGGGAAAAUAUAUAAAUAUGUUCUCUCUCUUCUCUUUUUGUGUGUAAAUAAUGGUUUAGAAAAAAUUUUAUUAAUUAAAUAAAUAAGCGUUUAUAAGAGAUUUAUGCUUAGAUAUUAGUAGAAAUGUAUUUUUUUUUUCAUAGAGUUGUAUUUGUCUAAACAAAUUAUUUAUGUUCGCGCGAACGUUAUUCAAUAAUCGGUUGUGUAACGUUCCGUGCAAAUCCAUGACGUAUCAGAAAUUAUGUGUGCAGCUAGUUAUAUUGCUGACGCAAAUGACACAACAGCAAACUACAAUGCACAGCUGAGUGAUGGACAGGGAACGAGAGAGAAAGAAGAAUUCUGUCGAGAGCUGUCAAAUCGCUAGCAAUCGCCAGCUGAUUCAUGAUCACGUGAUCAGCUGAUCUUCCGCGCGCUAAAUUUAAAUAAGCCACACCGCUUAUUCUCUUACCUCUUAUACUGUUCGUCAGAAAUCGUUCGUUGAUACACCCAGUAGAAUUGGAUUGCAACUCAAGCACGUUUUUCCAUCAUUUAUAUAUUUCAUAUUUCAUAAACUCGAUUGCAGAAACAUCAAGACUCGAGACAAGAGAUAUGUGAGAUAUUUGAAAAAAAAACUGCGCAACACUUUCUAAUGCGACAUUGAGUGCAUUUUUUUUCUCCCUCUAAACUGCAUAUAUUAAGCAGUCGGACGCACGAUGUUUACCGUGACCUGCUUCAAUUUAAUCGCGACUGCGUUGAUGGCAUUCGGCGUAACCGCGCGUCCGAACUUCUUGCUGAUCGUUGUCGACGAUCUGAGAACCACCUUGGGUUGUUACGGCGAUGUAAACGCGUACACGCCUCACAUAGACGCCCUGGCGAAGGACGGUGUUCUUUUUAACGAAGCGUUCGCUCAGCAAGCGUUGUGCGCGCCAAGCAGAAAUUCCUUCCUGACGAGCAGAAGACCGGACACUCUUCGGCUCUACGACUUCUACAGUUAUUGGCGCGAUACGGUCGGAAAUUACACCACGUUACCGGAGCACUUGAGAAACAACGGAUACAGCACGAUGUCCGUAGGAAAAGUUUUUCAUCCAGGCGUGAGUUCGAACGGAUCCGACGACAGUCCCUACUCGUGGACCGAGAAGCCUUUUCAUCCGUACACGGAUCGGUACAAAAACGCUCCCGUGUGCAAAACGAAUCCGCAAUCCGAAGCAGCGACGAAUCUUAUGUGUCCGGUACAUAUUUCGAACAUGCCAAACGAAACACUGCCCGAUAUCGAGACGUUACAAAAAGCCAGAGAAUUCAUACGCAAGCACAACAAGGAUUCUAAUCCCUUUUUUUUGGCCGUCGGCUUUCAGAAGCCUCAUGUGCCGCUGAAGUAUCCUGAACGCUAUCUGAAAUAUCAUCCAAUACGGAAGUUCAAGAUGCCCGAGCCGUACCGGUGGCCAGACAAUGUAAGCGAGGUCGCUUACAAUCCCUGGACUGAUCUACGAUGGCGGAGAGAUGUGGCAAACUUGAGACUGAAAUUUCCGUGGGAGAGAAUACCAGAACAGUUCGGCAAGCUAAUUGUCCAAUCGUAUUACGCAGCUGUGUCUUACAUCGACAACAUGAUCGGCAAGCUCGUGCAUCAGCUACAUCUCUCGAUGAUACGUGAGAACACCGUUGUAAUACUAACGUCCGAUCAUGGUUGGGCACUUGGAGAGCACGCCACUUGGUCCAAAUUUAGUAACUUUGACGUUGCCGUGCACGUACCUUUGAUAAUAUCGAUUCCGACGCUCACGUUCGAUAUCAAUCGUACUACAAAACGUAACGCGAACCAUAUGACGCUGGAUAGUGAGGAGAACGAUAUUAUUUUAGAAAACAUCAACGAGUACAAAGAAAGUAUCUUGGAAACAUAUGUUCAACAAAAAUGCGAUAAAUCACAGUCUUUGAGAUGGGGUACUUGUCGAACUACGAAUGCUAUUGCGGAACUUGUCGAUGUGUUUCCGACAAUUGCGGAUCUGGCAGGUGUUCCUAUACCGUUGUGCCAAACGUCGAAUGUCAAUAAUAAAUAUCAUCGUUCAAGAGACGACGAUUUUGCAUAUCACAAGAAAACGCCCGAUCUUUGCAGCGAAGGUAUCACGCUCUUACCACUUAUAAAGAAUAUAGUAAGAUGUCAGAGCAUACCGUGGAAGAAGGCGGCAUUCAGUCAGUACCCGAGACCUGGAAUCCAACCCACCCUUCAUCCCAACAGCGAUAAGCCCCGUUUAAAAGAAAUAAACGUAAUGGGAUACACUCUGAAAACCAGCAAGUAUCGUUAUACGAUGUGGGUGCCGUUUGCGCACAACACGUGCAAGCCAAAUUGGAACGUCACUAUAGCAGAGGAACUGUACGAUCACAGAACCGACAGAGCGGAGAAUUUUAACGUGGCAGAUUUGCCGAAUAUGUCAAAAGCAAAGAAAUAUCUCAGAAUUUUGUUACAAAAUGGAUGGAGAAGUGCUCUUCCAAGAUACUGAACCUUAACGCGAUAUAA